AUGCGUUUCAUCACCGCCGUCAUCGCCCUCGCUGCCACCGCGGCUGCCGCCCCUGAGGUCAAGAGGUGGCCCCCCAUGGACCAGAUCUCCGUCAGCGAGGCCAACGAUGCCUGCGGCAACAACCUCGAGCUCAACUGCUGCAACAAGGAGACCGACCAGGCUGCCGGCCACGGUGAUGUCUCCAAGAACCCUGGUGUUGUUGGCGGUGUCCUCGAUGGCCUGAGCCUCUUCGACCAGUGCUCGCAGCUCUCCGUCGCUGCCCUCAUUGGUGUCCAGGACCUGCUCAAGUCCCACUGCACCGGCAAGGUCGCCUGCUGCCAGCGCUCUCCCUCGAACGCUGCUGGCGGUCUCGUCAACCUGGCCCUGCCCUGCAUCGCCCUCGGCAGCCUUAUCCAGUAG